UUCGACCAAUGGCGUUAGAGCUACUAUGCGCAAGUGAUUGGCGGGCAGAGAAACCACAACAACCGAAGCGGGGGCACGACACUGUGAGAAAGUUUGACCAGUACUACGUUAGAAAAGUAAAUAAGGCUUGGCAGGCUGAGACGUGCCACUGCCGAACCUGCGUUUCCAACCGCUCAAAGUGGUCUUUUGUGGGAUUUGAGUCUCAUCUCAGGGGAUAAUGGAUGUUUGUUUUUACUGUGGUUUGUGACGCACGUGCAAUCUCGCCUGGGAGUGCUUUUGGAGCGACAGGUACUGCCCCUAAAACCAACACGGCCUGAAAUCGAGAAAAGUCGCUGCAGUCCUCAAGGACUUUCCCAACAGUCAUCUGACUCACGGAGGUCAACAUGGCUCUAAAAGCAACAACUUCGCAAGUCCACGUCCAAGGUUGCAGACGACUCCCCCAUGAUGCGCCAGACCUUUCUCCAUCUCCAGCAUCCAGUGUCGGUCCUGGACGUACAUCAGGGCUCCAACUGAGUCAGCCAGACUGAAGAUGAAAGAGAAGAUGGCCACGGCUGUUCCGAAGAAGUAGAGUUUUAGAACAGCUGGAAUCAUGGCUUCAGGCAGGUGCAUCCUGCGAGUCCUCGAUACAUGGGAACAUCUACUGCGGCUGCCAGAUAAGCGUAUUUGGGCAACAACCUCCAAGGUUCCCACACAUGGAAUCCUAAAUGUAGCCUGGACUUUGCAAGGGAGUCAAACUUGGAACGGAGAUGGAGGUCUGCGAGGGCCAACAGGUGGACCGGAGGAAGAUGUCGUCCGGAGGGGAGCACUACGUCCGGCACGAGACUGCGGCACAGCGCUACAGCGCUACCCGCAUUCAGGCCGGACUGGGUCCGGAGAGUAUGGCGGAUUAUCUAAUCAGCGGCGGCACCGGUUACGUUCCCGAGGACGGGCUCUCGGCGCAGCAGCUCUUCUCCAUCGGAGACGGCCUCACAUACAACAGAUGUGACCAACACUCGGACGGUCAAACGGCUGAAGAGCUAUGCUCUAAAGGAGAUGGGUUGACUUACAAUGACUUCCUCAUUCUUCCCGGCUUCAUCGACUUCACCUCAGACGAAGUGGAUUUAACAUCAGCUCUGACCAAGAAGAUCUCGUUGAAGGCCCCCCUCGUCUCAUCCCCCAUGGACACUGUCACAGAGUCGGCCAUGGCCAUCGCAAUGGCGCUAAUGGGAGGCAUCGGUUUCAUUCACCACAACUGUACUCCUGAAUUCCAAGCCAACGAAGUCCGCAAGGUCAAGAGAUUCGAGCAAGGUUUCAUCACAGACCCGGUCGUGAUGAGCCCGCGGCAGACGGUCGGCGACGUGCUGGAAGCCAAAGUACGACACGGUUUCUCGGGCAUCCCCGUCACAGAGACGGGCAAGAUGGGCGGAAAGCUGGUUGGCAUCGUCACCUCCAGGGACAUCGACUUCCUGUCGGAGAAGGAUCACAACAAAACCCUGGCGGAAGCCAUGACAAAGAGGGAGGAGCUAGUGGUCGCUCCGGCGGGUGUCACUCUAAAAGAAGCAAACGACAUCUUGCAACGAAGCAAAAAAGGCAAGCUUCCCAUCGUGAACGACAAUGAUGAGCUAGUGGCCAUCAUCGCCAGGACGGAUCUGAAGAAAAACCGGGACUACCCGCUGGCCUCCAAAGACUCUCGCAAACAGCUGCUGUGCGGGGCCGCCAUCGGCACCCGCGAUGACGACAAGUACCGGCUGGACCUCCUGGUGCAGGCGGGCGUGGAUGUCGUGGUGUUGGACUCUUCACAAGGCAACUCCGUGUUUCAGAUCAACAUGAUCAACUACAUCAAGCAGAAAUUUCCUGAAUUGCAAGUCGUGGGAGGAAACGUGGUGACGGCGGCGCAGGCCAAAAAUCUGAUCGACGCCGGCGUGGACGCACUUCGGGUCGGCAUGGGCUGCGGCUCUAUCUGCAUCACGCAAGAAGUCAUGGCGUGCGGGCGACCUCAGGGUACCUCUGUGUACAAGGUGGCAGAGUACGCACGGCGCUUCAGCGUGCCCGUUAUCGCCGACGGCGGCAUCCAAACGGUGGGACACGUGGUCAAGGCGCUCUCGCUCGGAGCGUCGACCGUUAUGAUGGGUUCCCUGCUGGCGGCAACCACCGAGGCGCCCGGCGAGUACUUCUUCUCAGACGGUGUGCGGCUGAAAAAGUACCGGGGCAUGGGUUCCCUCGACGCCAUGGAGAAGAGCACCAGCAGCCAAAAACGUUACUUCAGUGAAGGCGAUGCGGUGAAGGUGGCCCAGGGCGUGUCAGGCUCGGUGCAGGACAAGGGUUCCAUCCACAAGUUUGUGCCGUACCUCAUCGCCGGGAUCCAGCAUGGCUGCCAGGACAUCGGGGCUAAGAGUCUUUCAGUGCUCCGCUCUAUGAUGUACUCCGGAGAGCUCAAAUUUGAGAAGAGAACCAUGUCCGCACAGGUGGAAGGAGGCGUUCACGGACUUCACUCUUACGAGAAGCGUCUUUACUGAGCUGCGGAUGAGCCACCAUGCCACCUUACUUAAAAAAACAGAAAAAAUGAGAAAAAGAGAAAGUGACCAAACGUUUAACUGAUGAUAAACAUCCCACUCCACCCACCAUCAUGCUCAUCUCUGAACUCUACUCUCCAUAAAGAUCAAGCGGGCAGCCCGGGGUCUGGGGAACAGUGUUUUACGCGCGAGAAGCGGCAGGUCAGGGGUUCCAGAUGUUCCUCCGCGACACAUUAGAGUCUCGCGUUUUGAUAGUACAUUGUUGUCUUUUUGCGGGCGAGAAUUCUUGUUUACUUUGGAGCCUCUGAAGUCGCCUACAAUCAGCAGAACCGCCUCUACACUCGACCAAAACUGAUAAUCAGGUAUGUUUUCAAAGAUGAGUUUGUUAUAUAAAAGCUGUCUGGCCUCUUCUAAGCUUUGGAUUGAGCCACAAAGAGUUUUUGAUAUGCAUGUUCUUUUUCCACGAGCCCAACGCGGUUGUAUUUUUAUUCUGCUUUGUUGUAACUACAUACGUACUGCCAAGUGUUAUUUAUACCUACUCUUUUUGUAACGUCAAAACCAAAUCUAGUGCAGACAAAACAACCAGCCUGUUACUUUGUGUUAUGCUCAUUUACAUGCUUUUUAAAAUUUCUUCCAUGACAUUGUUUUUACUGGACAAAUGCCUUGACCAGUGGACGGUCUUCAUUACAAAACGACUCGCAGAGCUUGUUUCGCCUUGUUGGAUUAUGUACACUACCGGUCAAAUUUGGACACACUUUCUGAUGCUAUGGAAUGAAAAAUGGUGUCCUAACUUUUGUGUGGUAGUAUAUUUGAUGAAGCCUUAUGCUAAGGACUCAGUUUCUACCUAAAGCUAAAUUUCUUCAACCUGAGCUGGGUUUGCUCAAAUAGCAAAGUCUUGUAUUUUUAGACUAGAAGUCCCGGAAAAUUCUGGUACUCCUAAAUAGUCCCACGCAAGGCCGAUAUGGCCUCUCACCCGAAAAAACCCAGAGGUGGCCAAAAUCACCCAAGUGCUUUUGAAUUGGUAAGUCGUUGUCCAACAGACAACAGCCGUUCAUAUAGAAAUGCAACCACUAGACAUACACCGUGUUGGUAUGCGGCCCAAACGGAGGAGAACACAAGGCGGUUGAACUGUUCAUGUGAUAGUUGGUGUCAGUUCAAGUCAAUCUAUAUUUACUUAUGGAAUUUUACACUUUUUACACUUUUUUUUUAACUCACUUCUCCUAUACGCCACACAAAAAAACAGAAAAAAUGGCCCAAAUGUGUAUUUUAAAUUCAUGAUCCAUGCCCCUGAUUCAAUCCUUCUAAACUAUAGACACAACUCCUGCUUUACAUUCAUAUUGCAGUUCUGAAACAUUUUUUUUUUUUUUUCAAAACAAUGUACACAUUUGGGCCAUUUUUUUGUUUUGUUUUUUUGUGCGUGGAGUAUAGGAGGAGUUAAAAAAUGUGUAAAAAGUGUAAAACUCCAUAAAUAAAUGUAGCUUCCCUGGAACUGACACAAACUAUCACGUGAAUAGUGCAACCGUGUUGUGUUCCCUUCGGUUUGAGCCGCAUACUAGCACAAUUUUUGUCUAGUGGUUGCAUUUACAUAUGUCGGUCGGACAACCACUUGCUAAUUCAAAAGCACUUGGGUCAUUUUGGCCACCGCUGGGUUUUUCCGGAGGAGAGGCCAAAUCGGCCAUUGCUUGGGAAUAUUAGGAGUAUUUGUCUUGAGAAAGGCCGAGUCGGCCUUAGCUGGGUUUUCUAGUGUUAAAGAAAAUGCACAAAAAGUUGAUAAAAAUACAACUUUUCAUCCUGAAUAGGGAUACGUAGUUUCUUAGUAUUUUGUUUUGGGAGACCACCUGUUAACAAUUAAAAAGCACUGCAGCGGGGAAGCUGCUUUACUUGUUCAAUUUGCUGAAACAAAUAAAGAAAUCAAACCGAUGUUGUCUGCUGUGU